AUGACACAUAUCAGUGAUCUACCAGAUGAAAUUUUAUUUGAAAUUUAUAAAUAUCUUGAGGUUUCAACUAUAAAGUCAUUAGAAUUAUUCCCUGAUUUUACACAAAGUACAAAAUAUUAUCUAUAUAAACAUAGUUUAUUCGUUUUAAAAACCACCGAUGAAGAUGAUUAUGAAGACAGAAGAGAUUAUAAGAUAGUCAAGAAAUAUGAACAACUCCCAGGGUUUGAAAUAUCACAUAUUGAUGAAUCUAUGAUGAUACAUAUUCGAAAAUUUAAUAAUUAUCAAGUUAAUUUAUCAUUCACUAUGUUAGACAAAUUAAUCAAAAAAUUAAAUCUACUUUCAAAUAAAUUAAAUCAAUUAUUUAAAAGGGAGAAUCAAGAUUUCAUAACCAUAAAAUUAUUCAUUCAGGUUAAUUAUUCAUUAGGUACAUUUAGUCAAGUUGAGCAAUGCUUGAAAAGUAUUGGAAGAGUAUCACAUUACUUCACUAAUAACGGUAAGAAUAUAGUCACCAUUGAUUUUGAAUUCAAAAAUCCCAAGUAA